GACAAGGAUGGAGGGAUAGCUGCAUGCCGGCACCCCACCCCCACCUUCGAAGCUCGGAGGUGUUUCUCCGUCUCAAGAUAUCUACACCACCGACCAGACACCGUCCGUGUACCCAACCCCGAUCCCGACCGGCCUCGAGAUCCCGCGCCAUGCCGGACCCCAAACUCCACAUACCCGCGCACCCCUACGCCUGGCCGCACGACGGGGACCUCGCCAGUAGCACAGCGCUGGUAAUAAUCGACAUGCAGAACGAAGUCUGCACUUCCACCGGUUACCUCGCGCACCAAGGCUACCCCAUUUUUCCCAUGCGCGCGCCAAUCCCGCACAUCGCGCGGCUCCUCUCCCUGUGGCGAUCGAAGGGCUGGCCCGUAUACCACACGCGCGAGGGCCACCGCGCAGACCUGUCGGACUGCACGCCGCGAGAACUAUUCCGGUCACGGAGGAAUCCGUCAGGACUAGGAAUCGGCGACGCGGGCCCCAUGGGCCGCCUACUGAUCCGUGGCGAGGCCGGGCACGAUAUCAUACCCGAGCUAUACCCAUGGUUUGGGGAGCCGGUGAUCGAUAAGCCGGGUAGAAGCGCGUUCGCGAAUACGGACUUUGAGCUGUUGCUGAGAAUCAGGGGUGUGACGAAGUUGGUUAUUGUGGGUGUUACGACGGAUGUGUGUGUCCAUACUACUAUGAGGGACGCGGAUGAUAGGGGGAUUGAGUGUCUGCUUGUUAGGGAGGCGUGUGCCGCCGCCGUGGAGGAACUAGGGCAAGCGGCGCUGGACAUGGUCGCGUGCGAGGGCGGGAUCUUUGGUGCGGUUGCGGGGAUCGAGGAUGUGAUGAGCGUGCUGCGGGAGGGAGGGGAUGAGGUGGCGGAGGUGGGGGGGCUGUAGUGGAGGGGUGAACGUGUACCGAGGGAAGAGGCGAAGUGGAUAGAAUGUGUUGGACAAGUAUAGUGGAAUGGAAUGAUAUGGAAAGA